CGUAAUGAUUCCAGUGAAAGCGUUCGCCUAACGAGGAAAUCGUAAUCUGAACGUUACGUGUAUCCCCGAUCGAAAGUAUACCUCGCGAAAGAAGAGCAGCACAGCCUUUAUGAUAGGCAUUAAAUCGUGGCGUUACCUGGAAACACCUUUUCACGGUUCAUCGACGUUCUCGUCGAGUAACAGUGAUUUUGAUAGAAACGUCAAACUCCGUACGCAGUCACGCGCACUUCGUUUAGCGUUUCUCUCAGGGGCGAUCAAAUAUACGAUUCUCGGUUACACGGUGUGGCGUUACUGGAACCGUAAGAAAAAAGAACGACAGUGCCGUGGUUGUCGGCUAAAAGCUGAUCAACAGAAAUGGACACUGGAGUCUCAUAGCAAAAUGACAAUCGGUCAGCACGAACGUAAUACUAUGUGGAUAAGAGAAACGGACAACAAACAGUGCGGUAAGGAGUAAGCAGCGGAAAAAUACGAAACGCGCGGACGUAUACGCGUACGCACGCUCGUCGAGCAGACUUCAAAGUAUAUUAACUUUUUUUUUUUUCGAAGAGGAAGAUGAAAGCGGUAAUCUCGUGGCACGUGAAAAAUCAAGAAAUGAUUGAGGUGUAAGGCGUGCGACAGAAUAAAAAGUAUGUAUGGUGCAGUUCGCGAAGAAGUAUCUGAAAGUUGGUUACACACGUAUGACUUGAGCAGUACAAUGAUUCCUAAUGUUAGCUCACCGAUAACCGAUGAAGAACAUUUUUGCAAGUUUAUCUUAUACAAAGAAAUCAAAGAUUCAAGAGUACGAAUAUGGGAUAUUGUCAUAUUGAUACCAAACCUCUUGUUUCUUUUAUUCAUCGCGAUCAGAUUUAACAGAGCACGGCUUAAAUUGCGAGCAACGAGUAGUCCAAUAUUUUUUGCUUUUUACGGACUUGUCAUUUGUAACAUAGUUAUUUCGGUGAUACGAUGCGUCGUUUCGAUGACUGUGAACGCAGCAGCCACCGUUGGCGGUAAAGCGGAUAAAGUGCUGUGGGUUACGGUCAGAUUUUUUCUUUUAUCAACAGAGAUGAGCGUGCUUAUAUUUGGUUUGGCAUUUGGACAUUUGGAUAGUCGCUCAAGUAUUCGUAGGGUGUUACUUGCCACAUCAUUGAUAGCGCUGGCUUUUACGAUAACUCAAGGAACUUUGGAAUUUGUUUUACCAGACGAUACAUUCCGUAUUCCUAGUAGAAAUUUUUAUGUAUUUGGUCACGGGGGCAUGAUGUUUUGGUUCUGCAGCAGUCUUGUUUUCACAAUGAUAUACCUUUUUAUAUUGAUACUGCCAUGGACACGGUUAAGAGAUCGUUUAACCCUUCCAACAAGAAAAAGUUUUUACAUUUAUGCUGGUACGUUAGCCAUGCUAGACCUAGUACAAUCAAUUGGCGCAGGCUUUUUAAACUAUACACAAAAUCCUGUAGGAUUAUGUAUCGUGGAUUUUACUGCAGUUGUCUAUUUGACCCUUUUUACACCUUUAGUUUAUCAUACGUUUCUGUCUGAGUUCUUUGGGGUUUCGCAACCUUCUAUAAUGUUCUCCUACAAGGCACAAGUAGACGAUGCAAUGGACGAAGAUACAGUGUCAUUGCCGCAUCAACAGAGUUUCUCUUCGUUAAAAACAGACAGCGAUUAUAUUUAUCAGGUCCAUACUCCAUCUAUUCACAUGCCCCUAUACGAUUCGCAAGCAUUAAAAUCAUCCCCUACGAAACAUAAAACCUCCCUACACUCCUUAGCGUCUCCGAAAGACUUUAAAGUUGCUAGUGGACACGCUUACGAUUCCCGGGUUACAUUAUACCGCUCUCCACCCGCCAUCAAAAAUUUUGCCAGACGUCUGAGCGCGGAGAAAACAGCUUUCGAUUUUAAGAAUUACCCCCUAACGAAAUCUGAUAAUUUUAUUGAUUCCAAAACGAGCGCUCCAGAUCUAAGGUUUCCCAACACUGCUUGGAAAAGUAGAUCCACCUCUCAGUUUAAGUACGGUGGACCCAGUAGCGUAUCGAAUUUACUUUUCUCCCCGAGCACUGCUAGUAAUUUCCUUUACAAAUCCGGAGCAAACGACAGUAGUACUAAUCUGUUUUCGCUAACAAGAAAGAGCAGUUUAGAGCACGAGAGAAAGGGCUCGGAGGGAAGUGUACCAGCACAAUUUUUCGAGAUACCACCGCUUGAAACUACCACGCUUGGUCAAGAAACUUUAACAAAAGAUAAAGCCGUCUCGCGAAUCGAGGGUGAUAGAAAACAGUUGAGCCCUUUGAAACAAUAUGCUAACACCGGUAUGUCUGAGGUUCAAGUAGAAGACACGUCCGAUUCCAUGGACAAUUCUAACGCUACCCAACAGUUACUAUUUAAAUCGAUCACUUUAACUCGGGAGGAUACGUUUAAAAGGCGUAAAAGAGAGCCGAAGAAAAGGGAGUCAGCUGGUUUAAGCGAUUACUUAUUAUCACUGACAACACCGAAACCUGUAAAAGAUACCGAAGUAGAUCCUAGUCCUCCCUCUGACCAGACAAAAUCUUAUACGCAGACCGAGUCGCUGUAAAUACUUUUGUUAGAGCUAUCGGUGUAACAUCUAAGUCAUUACGUGUAGUUCUGUAUAUAAGAGCAGUAAUUUUAACAUUUUUUUAAAAACCAUUUUAACCAUUUGAAACUCAGCAGUAAGUUCUGGUGGGAUAGCGAAACUUUACACGUACUUGUUAAUAACUACAUGUAUUAUAUAGUAUAAUAUAUAUAUAUAUUAUAUAUAUAUAUAUAGAGGAGCGCACAAAAUGCUUUAUUAUCUGUAUAUACAGCAUGUUUAGAUUUUAAUUAAACUCGUUAAUGUAGCCAAUGCA